CUGCUUAAUGUAUUUGCACCUCUCAACUCUAGUUAACUGUCAUCUAUAUUCUUUUGUUUCAUCUCGCGUCGAGGCAUCUAUCAGUCCCGUCUCACUGCAGCGUUGUGAUGGAGUUCGAACUGGUACUUGAACCUGUGGUUAGAGCUGACCAUGGGGAGGGUGUUGUAGCCGGGGAGUUUCGCAACCAGAACAAGGCAGGCGAAACAUACCGGCGAACAUUGAUCGAUACUCCGAAGUUGAGCCUAAAGGUCGCAUUGCUAGGUCACGGCAAGAUUGUUCCCGGCGGCUCCGAGGCAAGCCUACUGGUGUUCGACUUCCGGCUCACGCCAUCCAAGACGACUCAGAGAUUCAAGUGGGCGUCGUUUGAGGUCUUCUUCCACGAUACCGAAGGAGACGACCUCGCAGAUCCCGAAGUAUAUCGCAUUUCCCCCGAAGGCACAUUUGCCAUCAACCCCUGGAUCCUGUCGGCCAAUGUGAAAAAAACAUUCGAGCUUGGAGGGAAUAUCGGGCUCCCACAGGCCGGACUUAAUGCUAGUGUUGGGCUGGAACGCGAGGAGACUAAGGCAGCCGAAUACUCGGUCACCGUCAUUGGACGGUCCAUGGUGAGCGAAAGGGUGUCGGGCGAACCCAAUACCGUCUAUUGGGAGAUGCACGAGGACAAAAAGAAGCAUGCAGGGACGCCGACAUUCCUCCGCACCGCUGUCAUUCUCGAACGGAAAAAGCCAGGGCGAAGGUUCACCUUCAGUGUCAAAGCCGAGAUCGAUGCAAAAGUUACGCUGAUAGACCAAGCGCGCAGCAAGACUGUCAGCUUCCUUGGACGCACUGGGAAGCCGCAGCCCGGUCUAAUCGGCGAUGUCGAGAUUAACCCUCCCACCGACAUCCUAAAAGCCCAGGAUGAGGUGCUUUCGGUUUACGCGGACAAGAUUGUGUGGGAUAAUCUGCAUGGGCUGAAUCUGCGGGGCGAUGUGGUGCAACACACCGAGAAGGAGGUUCUCUGAUCCAGCCAAUCCAGGAGCGCAAGGCUCCGAAGGGGUCGCCGAUAACAGGGGAUUUGUAUUGGACAAAGUCUCGUUUUCGUUGCGUAAUGGUCCAAUGAACAGGUUGAAGAUUGAAAGUUCCCUAUCUGCAGACUGCGUUCUUCCAUUUCCAGUUUGGCUUUUGAUUUGUGACCUUCGGGUGACGGACCUUGGGACUUGAGUCUUGAGACGAUAAGUACCGUGGACGCCAAAGCAGACACGGGAUAGUCAGGGCCCGGGGGCUACCGAGACUCGAGAGGUACUAUGUACGGGAGUGAUUAACGUCUAC